AUAUUAACCUAUUCUGGGACCAGCUUAACCCUCCUCUAUUUUGUAGCUGUUACUUUCCUAGGAAGAACUUGUGCUAGUCUAUAUGGAGGUAUUCCUGAAGUUGUUUUGUAAACCAUUAAUGCUAUUUUAUUAUUUUAAACGGAGAAUGAAGAUGUUAAGAACCUUAUCAAAUUAUAUGAACAUUUUCUGCAAACAUCAGAGGUUGCUUCUGAAGCUGAAAUAAACCUUUGACACCGACAAUCAUGAACCGUAUGGAAGAAAAAAAACCAGGGCGUUUAUCCUGGGUCGUCACUGAUUAUAAAAGCAAUGUCAUUAAAAUUGACAACCACAAGCAUCAAUUUAUUAUAAUCAGAUGCUGGGUUAGCCAAAAAACCUACCAGAAACCAUAAUGUAACAGACCUUGACAGGGCUGAGCGCCAAUGGCUCGUAGCUCAAAUGGUUUAGAUUGCCCGUCUAGAGUUAGGAGGACCCAGGUUCGAGUCCCGGUCUGGUCGUUGCAUUUUUCCUCUCCUGUAACAUUUGGCGCCCAACGAAAUACCCACAGAGGUGAUUUAGAAUCUUGUGUGUGUCGUAGGAGUCGAAGACAUCGUUAAAGGAGAGAGGAAUGUAGCGGAACUUGACUGGGCUGAGUGCCGGUAACAAGUAGUUCAAAGCAAAAAGUGCGUCUGUCAAGAGUUUCCGUAUCAAUCCAUUUCCUCACUGAAAGUAAAGGUAGCAGGAACCAUGGUUUGAAUCAAACUUGCUGUUCUCGCCAUCAAUAAUGUAUGUGACAAUAUCCUUUGAUCUUUUGCAAUAUGAACUACCAAUCAAAACUCGACUCCGAUGUUGUCUUACUUUGUAAAGAAGCCACAAUGGCCCAUCCAAAUCUGGUAAGCGUGGAAUGGCUGAAGGAAAAACUGGCUAAAGGAGAUCUCGAGAAAGUGGUCAUCCUUGACGUAUCCUGGUCAAGCAGUAAGGACAUGAAAGAUCAUUACAUGGCAGAGCACGUGCCGGGGGCGUCAUACCUCAGUGUCAUGGAGGGCAAGCAUACUGAUUUGUUUCCUCGUAACGUCCCCGACGUCGACGCGUUCCAGGAGAGUGUCCGGACUGCUGGCGUCGACAGCGACACUCACGUGAUCAUUUACAGCGACUCGGAUGCAUCUGGGUUCUUCUUGUCUGGUCGUGCAUGGUGGACUUUCAAGCUGUUUGGACACAAAGAAGUGUCCAUCCUUGAUGGUGGUUGGCAGAAAUGGAAGUCUGCUGGUUGUCCUGUUAGUAGUGAAGUGCCUACUUCGAAGCGAGGGGACUUUACCUGUAGGUCAGAUGAUAGUAUAAGGUUGAACUUUGACAUGAUGGUGGAUAAUGUGACGUCAUCUUCAGGUAGACAGGUGUGUGACAGUCGAGCAUCGUUUAAGUACUCCGGACCAGAAAGCAAGGGACAUAUAAAAGGAGCCAAAAAUCUACCGAUGGCAGAUUUAGUCAACGCUGAAACGGGAACGCUUAAAGAUCUGGACGAUCUUAAAAAAGAGUUUAGCGAGGCUGGAGUUGAUUUGUCUAAACCCCUAGCCUGUUACUGUAACAGUGGCAUGUCGUCAUGUACAUUGGCCUUCACAGCAGCUCUCUGUGGCAAUGACAAUGUUUCUGUUUACCACGGAGGAUUCACAGAGUGGAGUAAAAGAUCACAGGAUGAUCAAAUUGAGAAGUAGAUGCCUUCCAAAAUGGCAUCUGGCGCUGUUUAAAAUAUUCACAACAAAUUAUCUAACGAAAUAAAAAUAAUGAUUAUGUUUACUCUAGAUAUGCCAAAACAGUCACCUUACGGAUGACGAAUGACCAUAUCACAGAUCAUAGAUAUAAAAAGAUUAUACAUGUACUAAAGUGGCCAAACCAACCAGUGAACAAAUUUCAGCGAAAUUGUCUUUAAAAAUGACAUAAAUCACUAAUUCUUAGAAAAUCAUCUUCACACGUAGGUUUGGCUGACAUAAAAUGUACUUGUAAAUCUUAAAGUGUAGAUUAAUAUCUCUUCUUUUCUAUUGUCUACAAAUGUUAAACGUCCCCGUCCCCACUUACCGUAUAUUGUAUUUUGUAUCAAACAAUAAAAGUGAUAAGAAUAAUGUUCAAUUUCAUCAGGUAAUUAAACAAAAUAUUGUAUAUUCCAAAAAAAUUAUUUCAUGUGAAAUAUAUCAAAAGAGGCUUAAGUAUAUUUCCUAUUAUCAAGCCUCUUUAGAAUAUUUCAAAAACAAUUAAUGAACAUUCUUAAAUUUGAAAUGGAAUGAUUAUCGCCAUCAUUAUGAUAUACUCUAUUAUAUGUUUUCUCUUUGACUAUUAUAUUGGGUGAGGUCAUAUUAAUGAAUGGAAUGAGGGAUUUACGCAAAAUAAUAUAUGGUUGUAGUAAAUAGGUUACAAUGUAUAGUUGGUUUUACUUCAAUAUAAGUAUAUGGCUGUUGGUGUUACUACACUGACUGUUAUACUGUAUGUUCCAUCAAAUGUUAUCACUGUUUGGUAUUCGCUGUAUUGAUAACUACACCUGAAUUAACAUACAUUUAUACGAUACGACUUGUAAGCUUCAGAAUUGGUUUGGAUGAAACAUGUCCUUUGCUUGUUUUUAUUUCAUUACACCUCUUAAAAUUUCCUUGUAAGCUCCCAUGCUUUUUUCAUCGACGUUGAUUAUUAGAUUACAUUUAGAAUU